AUGACAAGCUCCCAGUGCGGUGCGCCUUGGAGGUGUCGGUCCAAGAGGCAUGCGUAUUCUAUGCUCUUCCUCUUCACGUUCAGUGGUGUGCGUGUAUCAGAAUUGCGGGAUUGGCACACGAGACACCGCCAGCGGCGUGCUGAGCUAGAGGCCGAGGCCGCACGGGGACGGGGACGAGAUGAGACGAGCGUGUGGGAAACGAGUGAAUGUAAUAAUGCUUCUUAUUAUGGCCCGACGGGCGUCUGCAUGUGCGCGUGCGUAGCAAGUGAAUGA